GGUUUCAAUUACAAAGUAUUUAUCAAACUACUAACCAUUGCAGGAUGGAAAUGGCUGUGUGUUCAACUCAAGACAUUUUGAGUAAUUUUCCAGACAGUAUAUUAGAGAACAUCUGGUCACGUUUGUCAAUUAGAGAUGUGGUGAGGAGUAGUGUUCUAUCAACUAAUUGGAGAUACAAAUGGAUUUCAGUUCCACAUCUCAUAUUCAAUGAUGAAUGUAUACCAGCUGGUUCAGAUGGUUCAGUUGCUCAUGAUAAACUUGUGAAAAUUAUCAAUCAUGUUCUCGUAAUUCAUAGAGGACCAAUUUUGACAUUUAAGAUCACUAGUUCCCAUUUGAAAACCUGUUCAGAGAUAGACAGCUGGAUUUUUUCCCUCUCAUUAGAUUCUUUGAAAAAAUUUAAACUUCAGGUUUCUAAAUCCUGCCGUCAUAGUGUUCUUCCAUCUCUAUUCUCCUUUCAACAACUAUUUCAUCUAAUACUGGUUCGUUGCAUAAUCGUACCUCCUUUGACCUUCAAAGGCUUUGGCUGUCUCACAAUUCUGUUUUUUCAAGAAGUUACACUCUCUGAUGCAACAUUGAAAUGUUUGAUUUCUUCUUGCCCUGAACUACAAAGGUUGACAUUGAUUGAUAUUGAUGGUCCUACUCAUAUUCAACUUAGCAAUCCAAAACUCAAGUACUUGCGCAUCAGUGGAAAAUUCAUUCGUAUAUGCCUCAAAGAUUUAAAACUUUUAGUUCAUGCAUGUUUUCAUGCAACAACUGAGGCUCAUCCUGACCAACGCAAAACCUGCAAUUUUACCAACAUUUUUGGCUCUCAACUUGGUAUUCAAAAGCUUUACUUGGGAGGCUAUUUUCUACAGUCCUUAGCUUUUAGUGAUGUGGCACCGAGGCUUUCUUCUACUUAUGAUCAUUUGAAGACCAUCUUCUUCUCAUUAAACGCGGAGGAUAUGAAAGAAAUUUUAGUUGCUAUAUGUUUACUUAAUAGCUCCCCUAAUUUGCAAAAGCUUGCAAUCAUGUUGUGGCAUGAUAGGGAAUCUGCGAUUUUACCUAUCAUGGAUCUGCAAGAAGCAAAGGAUCAGUUGAAGUCUACAUUCAACAAACUCCGGGUUGUAGAUAUUUCCGAUGCCCUUGGCACGGAAAUUGAAUUGCUACUCAUUAAAUUUGUCCUUGCCAAUUCUCCAGUACUUGAGACAAUGAAAAUCAGUCAUGCAAUAGAGGACACUAACAAAGUAUUUACUUUGUUGAAAGAGUUGCUUCAAUUCAAAAGAGCUUCACCACAAGCGAAAAUUGUGUAAUUGAACGACUUGAGUUCCUAAAAGUGAUCCAAGUUGAUGACCACUUGAGUUA